CCGGGCUGCUGCUGCUGCUGCAGGGUGGAGCUUUGACGCUGCCUCAACCAGACAAACGGAGGCAAGGAAAAAACCCAGAAUCUGACAUUUUACCAACAUUUCUGGAACUUACACCACUUUGACUGGGGAACGGGACUAUAUUUACACCGACUGUAGUCCGAAGGUGGACGGCCGGAGGUCGAGGAAAGCGGGGAGAUACAUUAGAAGACCCCAGACAGCCACAUCCCUCUGGGUGGCCCACUCCCAUCUGUAGAAGAUUCCAUCAGGUGUAGCAGUGACGUAGGCACAGAAGCGCAGACAUGGUGGCGCUGUCACUAAAGAUCGGGGUGGGGAAUGUGGUGAAAACUAUGCAGUUUGAGCCCUCCACCAUGGUGUAUGACGCUUGUCGAAUCAUCAGGGAGAGAGUUCCAGAAGCACAGCUCGGCCAGCCCAACGAUUAUGGCCUGUUCCUGUCAGAUGAAGACCCAAAGAAAGGCAUUUGGCUGGAAGCAGGGAAAGCCUUGGACUACUACAUGCUGAGAAAUGGGGACACACUCGACUACAAGAAGAAACAGAGGCCGCUCAAGAUCCGCAUGUUGGAUGGGACGGUGAAAACCGUCAUGGUGGACGACUCUAAAAUUGUCAGUGACAUGCUCAUGACCAUUUGUGCCAGAAUAGGCAUCACAAACUAUGAUGAGUAUUCGUUGGUGCGAGAUAUUGGUGAAGAGAAGAAGGAGGAGACAACAGGAACACUGAAGAGAGACAAAACCCUUCUGAGGGAUGACAAAAAGAUGGAGAAACUUAAGCAGAAGCUUCACACUGAUGAUGAGUUAAACUGGUUGGAUCAUGGACGGACGCUUCGUGAGCAGGGGGUGGAGGAGACAGAGAUGUUGCUCCUCAGGAGAAAGUUCUUCUACUCUGACCAGAAUGUGGACUCCAGAGAUCCAGUUCAGCUUAAUCUACUAUAUGUACAGGCUCGAGAUGAUAUUCUGAAUGGAUCUCACCCUGUGUCCUUUGACAAGGCUUGCGAGUUCGCCGGUUAUCAGUGCCAGAUCCAGUUCGGUGACCACAAUGAAUCUAAACACAAACCAGGAUUCCUUGAUUUGAAAGAAUUCCUGCCCAAAGAGUACAUCAAGAACAAAGGCGAGAAAAAGAUCUUUCAGGCACACAAAAACUGCCAAAAUAUGACUGAGAUUGAGGCCAAAGUCAGCUAUGUCAAGCUGGCCCGAUCUCUCAAAACCUAUGGAGUGUCCUUCUUCCUAGUAAAGGAGAAAAUGAAGGGCAAGAACAAGCUGGUCCCUCGCCUGCUGGGCAUCACCAAGGAGAGCGUGAUGAGAGUGGACGAGAAGACCAAGGAGGUGAUGCAAGAGUGGAGCCUGACAAACAUCAAGCGUUGGGCUGCUUCACCAAAGAGCUUCACUCUGGAUUUUGGAGAUUAUCAGGAUGGCUACUACUCAGUCCAGACCACUGAAGGAGAGCAGAUUGCACAGCUGAUUGCUGGCUACAUUGACAUCAUCCUUAAAAAGAAAAAGAGCAAAGACCACUUUGGCCUAGAAGGAGACGAGGAAUCGACCAUGCUGGAAGAUUCUGUUUCACCUAAAAAGUCAACAGUGAUGCAGCAGCAGUUCAACAAGGUGGGGAAGGUGGAGACAGGCUCUGUGGCUAUGCCGGUCAUCAUGCGUUCAGGUGCUGGUGGUCAAGGAAGCUUCCAGAUGGGAUCCAUGCCUCAGGCCAAGCAGCAGAUCACUAGUGGCCAGAUGCACACGGGACACAUGCCCCCAUUGACUUCAGCCCAGCAGGCCCUGACAGGCACCAUUAACUCCAGUAUGCAGGCAGUGCAGGCUGCUCAGGCCUCUCUGGAUGACUUUGAUGCCCUGCCUCCAUUGGGCACUGAUGCGGCUUCUCAAGCCUGGAGGAAGAACAAAAUGGAUGAGUCCAAGCAUGAGAUUCACUCUCAGGUGGAUGCUAUCACUGCAGGAACAGCAUCUAUGGUCAAUCUUACUGCAGGUGAUCCAGCAGAGACAGACUACACGGCUGUGGGCUGUGCAGUGACCACAAUUUCCUCCAACCUGACGGAGAUGUCUAAGGGCGUGAAGCUGCUGGCUGCUCUGAUGGAGGACGAGGGUGGAACUGGCCAGCAGCUCCUGGGUGCUGCCCGGAACCUGGCCUGCGCCGUGUCGGACAUGUUGAAGACCGCUCAGCCCGCCAGCACUGAGCCUCGUCAGAACCUUUUGCAGGCUGCAGGUAAUGUGGGCCAGGCCAGUGGAGAAUUGCUGCAGCAGAUUGGAGAAAGUGACGCUGAUCAACAGUUCCAGUCUUUAGGCAGAGGAUCGUUCAGACACACAAGACGGAUUCACCAUUAUAGUCAAAUGAUGGACAUGCUGAUGAAGCUAGCUAAGGCAGUAGCUAAUGCAGCAGCAGCUCUGGUUCUAAAGGCAAAGAACGUGGCUCAGAAAACAGAAGACUCAGCCCAGCAGAACCGAGUCAUUGCAGCUGCAACACAGUGCGCCCUCUCCACCUCCCAGCUGGUGGCCUGCACACGGGUGGUGGCUCCUACCAUCAGCUCCCCGGUGUGUCAAGAGCAGCUGAUAGAGGCAGGGAAACUGGUGGCUAAAUCUGUGGAAGGCUGUGUGGAGGCGUCCCAGGGUGCUACCGGUGACGAGCACCUGUUGAAGCAAGUGGGUGCGGCCGCUACAGGUGUUACCCAGGCCCUGAAUGAGCUCCUGCAGCACAUUAAGCAGUACGCCAGUGGGGGCCAACCAAUUGGCCGCCACGGAGAAGCUACUGACCGCAUCUUGGAUGUCACGGAGAACAUCUUCAGCUCCAUGGGAGAUGCAGGUGAGAUGGUGCGACAGGCGAGGAUCCUGGCCCAGGCCACCUCUGACCUGGUCAAUGCCAUCAAGGCCGAUGCUGAGGGAGAGACGGACCUCGAGAACUCUCGCAAGCUGCUGUCCGCCGCAAAGCUUCUGGCUGACGCUACUGCCAGGAUGGUGGAGGCUGCCAAGGGUGCUGCCGCAAACCCGGACAGUGAGGAGCAACAGCAGAAGUUGCGUGAAGCAGCCGAGGGACUGCGCAUGGCUACCAAUGCUGCAGCACAGAAUGCCAUCAAAAAGAGACUGGUCAACAAGCUGGAGAAUGCUGCAAAGCAGGCUGCAGCAGCCGCUACUCAGACCAUUGCCGCCGCCCAGCAUGCAGCAUCAUCCAAUAAGAACCCAGCAGCCCAACAACAGCUUGUUCAGAGCUGCAAGGUUGUGGCAGACCAGAUCCCUCAGCUGGUGCAGGGAGUAAGAGGCAGCCAGGCCCAGCCUGACAGUCCUAGUGCCCAACUUGCCCUCAUCGGUUCCAGCCAAAAUUUCCUGCAGCCUGGAGCCAAGAUGGUGACUGCUGCCAAAGCUACAGUACCUACUAUCAGCGACCAGGCGUCUGCCAUGCAGCUCAGCCAGUGUGCCAAGAACCUGGCCAGUGCUUUGGCUGAACUUCGCACCGCUGCUCAGAAGGCCCAGGAGGCAUGUGGUCCUCUGGAGCUCGAUAAUGCUCUGACCGUGGUCCGGGGUCUGGAGAGGGAUAUACAGGAGGCUAAAGCUGCAGCAGCUGAAGGGAAACUCAGGCCUCUUCCUGGGGAAACGCUGGAGAAGUGCUCUCAGGACCUGGGCUCCAACACCAAAGCAGUGAGCUCUGCAGUUGCCCAGUUGCUGAGUGAAGCUGCACAGGGCAAUGAGAACUAUACAGGCCUGGCUGCGAGGGACGUGGCUCAGGCCCUUCGCUCUCUGGCUGCUGCCGCUCGCGGAGUGGGCGCCACAACAGAAGACCCGCAGGCCCGCAAUGCCAUGCUGGACUGCACCGGAGACGUCAUGGACAAGUCAGCAAACCUGAUUGAAGAGACCAAGAGAGCCGUCGCCAAACCAGGAGACCCAGACUGUCAGCAGCGCCUGGCUCAGGUGGCCAAGGCUUUGUCCCAGGCCCUGAAUCGAUCUGUGAACUGCCUCCCUGGACAAAGAGAUGUGGAUAAUGCUAUUAGGACUGUGGGAGAGGCCAGCAAGAAGCUCCUCUCUGAUCAGUUUCCCGCCAGCGGGAAGAGUUUCCAGGAGGCCCAGGCAGGCCUGAACCAAGCAGCUGCCGGUCUCAACCAGUCGGCCAACGAGUUGGUGCAGGCAUCUCGUGGCACAACACAGGACCUGGCCAAGGCCUCGGGCAAGUUCGGCAAAGACUUCAGCCACUUCUUGGAGGCUGGAGUGGACAUGGCUGGUCAAUCACAGUCUAAAGAAGACCAGACCCAGGUGGUAACCAACCUGAAGACCAUCUCCAUGUCAUCUAGCAAGCUGCUGCUGGCAGCCAAGGCUCUGUCCACUGAUCCAAAUUCCCCCAACCUGAAGAAUCAGCUGGCUGCUGCAGCACGUGCCGUGACUGACAGCAUCAACCAGCUGAUCACCAUGUGUACCCAGCAGGCCCCGGGACAGAAGGAGUGUGACAACGCACUUAGGGAGCUUGAGACUGUGCGGGGCAUGCUGGAGAAUCCCACUGAGGCAGUGAAUGACCUGGGCUACUUCGACUGCAUCGACAGCGUGAUGGAGAACUCAAAGGUUUUGGGUGAAGCUAUGGCUGGUAUCUCCCACAACGCAAAGAACAGUAACCUGCCUGAGUUUGGGGACGCAGUCAGCUCAGCCUCCAAAGCCCUCUGUGGCCUUACUGAAGCCGCCGCCCAGGGUGCCUAUCUGGUUGGGGUUUCUGAUCCAAACAGCCACGCUGGGCAGAAGGGCCUGGUGGAUCCAGCUCAGUUUGCCAAAGCCAAACAGUCCAUCCAGAUGGCCUGCCAGAACCUGGUGGAUCCAGCCUGCACACAGUCCCAGGUCCUCUCUGCUGCCACAAUUGUUGCCAAACACACCUCCGCCCUCUGCAACGCCUGCCGCCUUGCCUCCUCCAAAACAUCCAACCCUGUUGCUAAGAGACAGUUUGUCCAGAGUGCCAAAGAGGUGGCGAACAGCACAGCCAACCUUGUCAAGUCCAUCAAAGCCCUGGAUGGAGCCUUUAACCAGGAGAACAGGCAGAAAUGUAAGGCCGCGACAGGACCGCUAAUUGAGGCUGUGGACAACCUCACAGCUUUCGCCUCCAACCCAGAGUUUGCCAGCGUGCCUGCACAGAUCAGCCCAGAGGGCCUGGCUGCCAUGGAGCCCAUAGUUGCAGCAGCUAAAACUAUGCUGGAGAGUUCGACAGGCAUGAUUCAGACGGCUCGCUCGCUGGCCGUCAACCCCAAAGACCCACCCAAGUGGUCAGUGCUUGCCGGCCACUCCAGGACUGUUUCAGACUCCAUCAAGAAAUUGAUCACCAACAUGAGAGAUAAAGCCCCAGGCCAGAGGGAAUGUGACGAAGCCAUUGAGGUUCUUAAUAACUGCAUCCGUGAGGUGGACCAGGCCUCUCUUGCUGCCAUCAGCCAGCAGCUCACACCUAGAGAUGACAUUUCGCACGAGGCUCUGCAUGAGCAGAUGGCAGCCUCAGUACAGGAGAUCAGCCACUUAAUCGAUCCAGUGGCCAUUGCAGCCCGCUCUGAUGCCUCCCAGCUGGGACACAAGGUGUCUCAGAUGGCCAGCUACUUCGAGCCCCUCAUAAUGGCGGCCAUUGGAACAGCCUCAAAGAUCUUAAACAGCCAGCAGCAGAUGAGUGUGCUGGACCAGACCAAGACUCUAGCGGAAUCAGCCUUACAAAUUCUUUACACAGCCAAAGAAGCAGGAGGAAACCCGAAGGCGGCCCACACCCAGGAGGCUCUGGAGGAAGCUGUACAGAUGAUGAAGGAGGCAGUGGACGACCUGGGCGGUACACUGACCGAAGCAGCCGGCGCAGCAGGAGCUGUGGGUGGCAUGGUUGAUACCAUCACUCAGGCCAUCAACAGGAUGGAGGACCAGGCAGUGGAGCCUGAGGGAAGCUUUGUGGAUUACCAGACUACUAUGGUGAAGACGGCAAAGGCCAUCGCUGUCACCGUGCAGGAAAUGGUUACAAAAUCAAACACCAACCCAGAUGAACUGGGAGGACUGGCCAAUCAGCUGACCAACGAGUUCGGAGACCUGGCAUCAGAGGCUAAAUGCGCCGUCAUUACUGCCGAAAACGAUGAGAUCGGAUCUCACAUUAAGAAACAGGUGACUGAGCUGGGCUACAGCUGCACUGGAUUGGUCACAAAGGCAGGAGCACUGCAGUGCAGUCCCAACGAUUCCAUCACCAAGAAAGAACUUAUUGACAGUGCCCGCAAGGUUUCAGAGAAAGUGUCUCAUGUGUUGGCAGCCCUGCAGGCCGGUAACCGUGGCACUCAGGCAUGUAUCACAGCUGCCAGUGCUGUGGCUGGAAUCAUCGCUGAUCUCGACACCACCAUCAUGUUCGCUACAGCGGGCACACUUAACCGAGAGAAUGCUGAAACCUUUGCUGACCACAGGGAACACAUUCUGAAGACGGCCAAAGUGCUUGUGGAGGACACCAAACUUCUGGUGUCUGGAGCAGGAGCCAGCCAGGAGAAACUGGCACAGGCAGCCCAAUCCUCUGUCAACACCAUCACCAAACUUGCCGACGUUGUCAAGCUUGGCGCCGCCAGCUUGGGCUCUGAGGACCCUGAGACACAGGUUGUUCUGAUUAAUGCAGUCAAAGAUGUGGCCAAAGCUUUGGGUGACCUCAUCAGAGCCACCAAGGCAGCAGCCGGCAAACCUCAUGAUGACCCUGCCAUGCUGCAGCUGAAGAACUCUGCCAAGGUGAUGGUUACGAACGUUACAUCCCUGCUGAAGACUGUGAAGGCGGUGGAGGAUGAGGCCACUAAAGGCACCCGGGCACUGGAGGCCACCAUCGAACACAUCAAACAAGAGCUGGCUGUGUUUAGCAGUGCAGACCCUCCUCCAAAGACAGCCACUCCCGAGGAGUUUAUCCGCAUGACCAAAGGCAUCACUCUGGCCACAGCGAAGGCAGUGGCUGCUGGGAACUCGUGUCGUCAGGAGGAUGUCAUUGCAACGGCCAAUCUGAGCAGAAGAGCCAUCGCAGAUAUGCUGCAUUCCUGCAAGCAAGCAGCAUACCACCCAGAGGUGAGCAACGAGGUUCGGACGCGUGCUCUGCGCUUUGGGAAGGAGUGCGCCCAUGGCUACCUGGGUCUCCUGGAGCAUGUGCUUGUGAUCAUCCAAAAGCCAACUCACGAUCUGAAGCAGCAGCUGGCUAGCUUUUCCAAGCGGGUGGCCGGCUCCGUCACUGAGCUCAUCCAGGCAGCUGAGGCCAUGAAAGGCACUGAAUGGGUGGAUCCGGAGGACCCCACUGUCAUCGCCGAGAACGAGCUGUUGGGUGCUGCUGCCGCUAUCGAAGCUGCCGCCAAGAAACUGGAGCAGCUGAAACCACGAGCCAAACCCAAGGAGGCUGACGAGAGCCUGAACUUUGAGGAGCAGAUUUUGGAGGCAGCCAAGUCCAUCGCUGCAGCUACCAGCGCACUGGUGAAGGCUGCAUCUGCGGCACAGAGAGAACUGGUGGCCCAGGGCAAGGUCGGGGCCAUUCCAGCAAAUGCAGUGGAUGACGGACAGUGGUCUCAAGGUCUCAUUUCAGCGGCCCGUAUGGUUGCUGCAGCCACCAAUAACUUGUGUGAAGCGGCUAAUUCUGCAGUGCAGGGUCACGCUAGUGAGGAGAAACUAAUCUCCUCAGCUAAACAGGUGGCUGCUUCUACUGCCCAGCUCCUCGUGGCGUGCAAAGUUAAGGCUGACCAGGACUCGCAAACCAUGAAGAGACUGCAGGCUGCUGGCAAUGCUGUGAAGAAGGCUUCAGAUAACCUGGUGAAGGCGGCGCAGAAGGCUGCUUUCGAAGCCCAGGAUGACCAGGCUGUGAUGGUGAAGAGCAAGAUGGUGGGCGGCAUUGCUCAGAUCAUCGCAGCUCAGGAGGAGAUGCUGAGGAAGGAGAGAGAGCUGGAGGAGGCCAGGAGGAAGCUGGCUCAGAUCCGGCAGCAGCAGUACAAGUUCCUACCCUCAGAGCUGAGGGAGGACGGCCAGGAGCAGUGAGGGGCAGCGGACCCCCUCCACACAAUCACACACAGAGCAAGCACACACACACACAAGCCAACCACUCAGGGCUGCUGGGCCUGAGCGCUUCUUCUAUUCACAAGUUUUGCUGCAAUCACAGGGCUAGCAAGCUUGCAGGAGCAACAUUCGGGCUAAUUAAUUAAAGACAUGCUAUGGGUAAAAAUUGAGUAACGUAUCAGGAUGUCUAUUUUAAGUUGUUUAUUUCUUUGUUUAUUUGUCCCUUAAAUGAACAGCCAUUAUGCCAUCUGUUUGUUUUUGUUUUUUUUUCUUCUUUUUUUCUUUUCAUAUUUUUUGCACAGUGUAAGCAGACAACUGCGCUUUUUAAUAGGGCAAUGUGAUCGAUUACGUUAGUGGUAGAUUCUUUAGAUUUAGUUGGACAUAAUUUAGGAUGCAUGGGUGCUUUCUGCAGCUACACUUGUUUAAUUUCUCAGUACUCAUUUCACACACCUCCCACCAGCUGAUGGUUGACCUUUGGGUGUUGAACAAUAGUAUUUUUGUGAGCUGAAUGACUAGAUGCAAAGAGGUUUAUGGUUAAUGGAUUAUGGUUUCUGGGUUAGGUGCUUCAACUAACCACGCCAUAAGGGUUUAUACCCCGGAUUGACCAAAGCAUGAGAGUAAAAGAGAAACUUCUACAGCAUCAAUGAACAACGGGGAGGUCGGGGAGAUUUUUUAAACAGUGUUUGUAACGUUUCCAAAGAAGACGUGGUUGGUCUGAAUGUGUAGGUUGGAUGGGCCUUCAGGUCAGCCUCCUCCUGGUCAUUUGAACCAGGCACAGUCGACUGCAUAUUUUAUUAUGGCAAUUGGACCAUGGGUGCAAUGAUUAACUUUGCGAUGAAACAAUUCAUAGAGAGAAAACAUAUCAUUUUUUAAAAAGAAAAGAAUAAUAAAGCUACGAAAAAUGUUACAAAUGGUAUCUUCUAUUAAAUUUAUAUGUUAAUA